UUAUGCGCACCAGCUGAUCAUCAGGCAGAGACCAUCAGACAACAUUACUCAGACGCACAGAAACCCUAACGUUCUCCAGAUUCGCGAAUAAAUCGUCAUUUUCGCUGCAUGUGGAGUAAAAUAUGUAGGGACAGUAUUUUUUUUUUUAAUAAACGAAGACAGCUGUUUUAAUGAGCUUUUAAGCGCAACACCGAGGACCAAAACACACUGGCCUGCUAAAGGUCUCUUUACUGAAGGUGUUUGUAUGCGGUUGUUUUGACGCGCAGCCUCCAGAUAAUUGUAUUAUACGAUGAAAACGAUUCUUUCCAGCUUCGCAAGUCAUUUGUUGCACGGUUUGCCUCUAGACGUAUAAAGGAACGCCAGUGCCUCAAAUUACUGGACUUUCAAUGCAAAUCAGCUAGCUCACAGCGAAAACUUCCGUCUGCGAGAAAAUGUGGUGGAAACUCUUCUUUUUGCUCCUUUAUUUUUUCAUUUUAUUCAUCUUGGCUCGUUUUUUUGAAGCCAUCGUCUGGUAUGAAACGGGAAUUUUCGCCACUCAGCUGGUGGAUCCGGUGACACUGAGUUUUAAGAAACUUAAAACCAUCCUGGAGUGUCGUGGACUGGGAUACUCCGGCCUGGCAGAGAAGAGGGACGUGAGGGAACUGGUGGAAAAUUCGGGGGAGCUGAUGAAAGGGGAGCUUUACUCCGCUCUCAAGAAUGAGGAGCAAGCGGGAUCUGACUCCAGUACUACUUUUAGUGGAGAAAUGCACUUUUAUGAAUUAGUGGAAGACACUAAAGAUGGUAUAUGGUUAGUCCAGGUAAUAGCCCAAGAUAGAAAUCCACUGUUGAGCACUGCCAACUGGGGCAAAAUGGUACAGAAAGUUUCUCAGUUUGGCAUUCGAACCGGCACUUUCAACUGCUCAAGUGACUCAAGGUAUUGCCAUAAGCGAGGCUGGAUGAAAUCCACUCUCAUCAUGUCUGUCCCACAGACCUAUGCCUCCAAAGGGAAGGUCAUGUUGAAGGAGUACAACGGCAGACGCAUUGAAACAGAGCACAUAUUUAAAUGGAUGACUGCGCACGUCGCCUCUCGCAUCAAAACAAUCCGUUACUCUGAUCAAUUAAUGGACGACUGGUAUCAAAUGGAAAAGCAACCAGUAAAGAUGUUCUUGUUUGCCAGACUGCUUCAGCCUCCUGCGUUCUUCUCAGCUCUCAGCAUUAAAUUCACAGGCCGCAUCGAGUUCAUCUUUGUGGAUGUGCGCAACUGGGACAACAACACCUGUUUGGAGGAGAUUGGGGUGCAGCAAAUGCCCUCAUAUAUCCUCAAAACACCAGAAGGCAUCUACAGAUACGGCAAUAGCACUGGGGAAUUCAUCUCCUUGCACGCCAUGGACACAUUUCUUCGCUCCGUGCAACCAGAAGUCAAUGACUUGUUCAUUUUGAGCUUGGUCAUGGUCAAUUUAAUGGCUUGGAUGGAUCUUUUCAUUACGCAGGGAGCCACCAUAAAACGCUUUGUGGUUUUAAUCAGCACUUUGGGCACUUAUAAUUCCUUACUCAUCAUUUCCUGGCUGCCAAUCCUUGGUUUUUUGCAGCUUCCAUACUUGGAUAGCUUCUACAAAUACAGCCUAAAAUUGUUACGUUACGCAGACACCACUACUAUCGCCUCAUGGGUCCGGGCCGACUGGACCUUCUAUUCUUCUCAUCCAGCUCUCUUCCUCAGCACCUAUCUAGCCCAUGGGCUUCUCAUCGACUACUUCGAGAAAAAAAGAAGAUGUAGCAACGAAGACCAAAACGCAAACAACCUAGAGUGGUUGUCAAGUCUUUGGGAUUGGUACACCAGCUACUUGGUACAUCCCAUCGCUUCUUUCCAGAACUUUGAGUCAGACUGGGAUGACGAUCCCAAUUUCCUUUUGGAAAGGUUGGCAUUCCCAGAUCUCUGGCUUCGCCCACUUGUUCCGAUAGAUUACAUCAAGAACCUGCCCACCUGGAAGUUCAGACUCCUACAGCCUGAAGGCUCCAACCUAGUAGACCGCGACAAACGACAGAAAGCCAUGAUGAACCAAAAUGAAGACUCCAGUGGGAACAAGGAAGCGCAUCAAUGCAGUUCAGACGUUCUUCAUGAUCAUAACGAGUGUUCAGCUGCAACAAAGUCAGACGAGUCUUGGUCUGGUGGAGAGGAACAGGACACUGAUUGGUCUCAGUGGCCUUGUGGUAUGCUUCACUGCACCGAGUGUGUCGUAUGUCUUGAGAACUUUGAAACGGAUUGCCUUGUCAUGGGUCUACCAUGUGGCCAUGUUUUCCACCAGCAGUGCAUCGUGGUCUGGCUAGCUGGAGGGCGGCACUGUUGCCCAGUGUGCCGGUGGCCAUCAUACAAGAAGAGACCCGCAAGACAACGUGCAACUGAACAUCUCGAUCCAGAAUAGCCCAUGCGUGAUUCAUUUACGUCUUGCUUCCUGCACUUAUUUAAAAAAAGGAAAAAAAUGACUUGAUGUGUUCAUCUUUAGUCUUUAGAUUCAUAACAUUGGUUCCUGGGUUUUUUGUUGGUGGUUUUAACUUGCACAGUCGUUAAUUAAAUUCAUACUUCCCGAUAUUUUUCAAUUUUUUUUAUUCUUAAUGGGGUAAAAAGAAGGUUAUAUGCCUUUUAUUUAGAUUUAACAAAAUAAUUAAUGCAAAUUUACGCAAAUUAUAACAUACUGAAUGGUAAAUUCAACACACAUAGUUGAAAAGUUUCUGUUUUAGCACCCACACAUCAUACAUCCCAAUAAGACAAAAGAAAAAUCCAUAUGUUCCUGUACCUGAGAAUUACAGUUUGUGUUCAGUGUGUUUCCAAAUGUGAGUAAUCUGUCUAAAAUUAAUCGGGGAGAAUAAGAUUCUAGGAGAUGUGAGUCUUUAAGUAAGGUUUACCCUUUGGGCAUGUGGAUAUGAUUUUUAUUUGUUUGUAAGGAAUUACAGCUUUACUUGAGUAAAACGGCCCUGUGCAAUUGAAAAUGGCUUAGGCGCUGAAAUGCAAUUAAAGGCUCCAUCUUCAAAUAAAGUUGUCUUGUUGGAGCAUGUUUAGUUAUUUUUAACAGCAUUUUGCCAUUAACACUAAUAAAGACCACUUUGACUUCUGCUGUUUGUCAGGGUGUAAACGUAAUUUGGGAACCUAUACUUGUAAUGACGUUAAAUUCAAUAAAGUCCUGCUUUCUCACCA